UUCGGUUGGCCGGCCACAGUCCACCGCGCGGAGGUUCUCAGCUGCCCUAGGAGCAAGACCUUUGAGUCCGCCAAGCACUGCCGCACGGGGCUCGGCAGCAAUGGCACUGAAGGACUACGCGCUAGAAAAAGAAAAGGUUAAGAAGUUCUUAGAAGAGUUCUACCAGGAUGAUGAACUUGGGAAGAAGCAGUUCAAGUAUGGGAACCAGUUGGUUCGACUGGCUCAUCGGGAACAGGUGGCUCUGUAUGUGGACCUGGACGACGUAGCCGAGGAUGACCCCGAGUUGGUGGACUCAAUUUGUGAGAAUGCCAGGCGCUACGCGAAGCUCUUUGCCGAUGCCGUACAAGAGCUGCUACCUCAGUACAAGGAGAGGGAAGUGGUAAAUAAAGAUGUUUUGGAUGUUUACAUUGAGCAUCGGCUGAUGAUGGAGCAGCGGAGUCGGGACCCUGGGAUGGCCCGAAGCCCCCAGAACCAGUACCCUGCUGAACUCAUGCGCAGAUUUGAGCUGUAUUUUCAAGGCCCAAGCAGCAACAAGCCUCGUGUGAUCCGGGAAGUGCGGGCUGACUCUGUGGGGAAAUUGGUGACUGUGCGUGGAAUCGUCACUCGUGUCUCUGAAGUCAAACCCAAGAUGGUGGUGGCCACUUACACUUGUGACCAGUGUGGGGCAGAGACCUACCAGCCGAUCCAGUCUCCCACUUUCAUGCCUCUGAUCAUGUGCCCAAGCCAGGAGUGCCAAACCAACCGCUCAGGAGGGCGGCUGUAUCUGCAGACACGGGGCUCCAAAUUCAUCAAAUUCCAGGAGAUGAAGAUGCAAGAACAUAGUGAUCAAGUGCCUGUGGGAAAUAUCCCUCGUAGUAUCACGGUGCUGGUAGAAGGAGAGAACACAAGGAUUGCCCAGCCUGGAGACCACGUCAGCGUCACUGGUAUCUUCUUGCCAAUCCUGCGCACUGGGUUCCGACAGGUGGUACAGGGUUUACUCUCAGAAACCUACCUGGAAGCCCAUCGGAUUGUGAAGAUGAACAAGAGUGAGGAUGAUGAGUCUGGGGCUGGAGAGCUCACCAGGGAGGAGCUGAGGCAGAUUGCAGAGGAGGAUUUCUACGAAAAGCUGGCAGCUUCAAUCGCCCCAGAAAUAUAUGGACACGAAGAUGUGAAGAAGGCACUGCUGCUCCUGCUAGUGGGGGGUGUAGACCAGUCUCCUCGAGGCAUGAAAAUCCGGGGCAACAUCAACAUCUGUCUGAUGGGGGAUCCUGGUGUGGCCAAGUCUCAGCUCCUGUCGUACAUCGAUCGGCUGGCCCCCCGCAGCCAGUACACAACAGGCCGGGGCUCCUCGGGAGUGGGGCUUACGGCAGCUGUGCUGAGAGACUCUGUGAGCGGAGAACUGACCUUAGAGGGUGGGGCCCUGGUGUUGGCUGACCAGGGUGUGUGCUGCAUUGAUGAGUUCGACAAGAUGGCCGAGGCCGACCGCACAGCCAUCCACGAGGUCAUGGAGCAGCAGACCAUCUCCAUUGCCAAGGCCGGCAUUCUCACCACACUCAAUGCCCGCUGCUCCAUCCUGGCUGCCGCCAACCCUGCCUACGGGCGUUACAACCCUCGCCGCAGCCUGGAGCAGAACAUACAGCUGCCUGCUGCACUGCUCUCCCGGUUUGACCUUCUCUGGCUGAUUCAGGACCGGCCUGACCGAGACAAUGACCUACGGUUGGCCCAGCACAUCACCUAUGUGCACCAGCACAGCCGGCAGCCCCCCUCCCAGUUUGAACCUCUGGACAUGAAGCUCAUGAGGCGUUACAUAGCCAUGUGCCGUGAGAAGCAGCCCACGGUGCCAGAGUCUCUGGCUGACUACAUCACAGCAGCAUACGUGGAGAUGAGGCGAGAGGCUUGGGCUAGUAAGGAUGCCACCUAUACUUCUGCCCGGACCCUGCUGGCUAUUCUGCGCCUUUCCACUGCUCUGGCACGUCUGAGAAUGGUGGACGUGGUAGAGAAAGAAGAUGUGAAUGAAGCCAUCAGGCUAAUGGAGAUGUCAAAGGACUCUCUUCUAGGAGACAAGGGGCAGACAGCUAGGACUCAGAGGCCAGCAGAUGUGAUAUUUGCCACCGUCCGUGAACUGGUCUCAGGGGGCCGAAGUGUCCGGUUCUCUGAGGCAGAGCAGCGCUGCGUAUCUCGCGGCUUCACACCCACCCAGUUCCAGGCGGCUCUGGAUGAAUACGAGGAGCUCAACGUGUGGCAGGUCAAUGCUUCCCGGACACGGAUCACUUUUGUCUGAUUCCAGCCUGCUUGCAACCCUGGGGUCCUCUUGUUCCCCGUUGGGCUGCCCCUUGGGAAGGGGCAGUGAUGCCUUUGAGGGGAAGGAGGAGCCCCUCUUUCUCCCAUGCUGCACUUAUUCCUUUUGCUAAUAAAAUUGUUUGUAGAUUGUCA